AUGCCGAACGAUUUCAAAACGCAAAGAGACUACAUCAUGAUCUACCACACCGCAUUCGUCGAUGCCCUCAUUACCGUCAUCGCCGAGCGUGCCUGCCAACAUUACUACGCCGUCCACCACUCACCCCAUGCUCUCCCAUUCACGAGCCAGAUUUUCAUCUACGCCGGUCUACCUCUGCAUCUUCAAGGCUUCGCCGAGGACUUGAUCAGUGACGAAAAGCCUCAUCACUCGCGACACUACGCCUUGGUCCCUGAUGUGAGAGGGAAAUUGGCCUGCUGGAUUGUACAAAACCGGAUGGGACUUGAUGGUAUCCCUGGCGAUACCAAGGAGAAGUUCAGCAGGAAAUACAAACGCAAAGCCAUGAGUACCUGGUACGAAGAUUGUUUUCGGUGGAUGUUUGGAAUAGAUGUGCACGAAGCGCGCGAUACUCACCUGGGAAUCACGAGAGUCGAGGUGAAGAAAGAACCCGAGGGGAGCAACGCUGGAGCUGACGAAGAUGAACCUAUGCCUGUCAAGAAAUUCCGUAAAGUCAGCAUUCGGAAGACUUUGCGUACAUCCAAAGCAGCUUCAAAUGCGGUAGCCAAGGAUUCCACGAUCAUACCUUCAGCUACAGUGGCUCAGAAAAUGAAGGGAGGGCGGAAGCGCAAGAUAAUUGAUACGAAGGUGAAGAAGUCCAAAUAA